UUAAAGUUUGCUUUUACCUUUCAUUACAGAGGAUACUAUAGAUGUAGUAGCUCAAAAGGAUGUCCAGCAAGAAAACAAGUAGAGAGAAGCAGUGUGGAUCCCACCAUGCUAGUCAUCACCUACUCUUGCGAACACAACCAUCCUUGGCCGUUACCUUCUAGAAGCCACCACCACCACAACAACAGUUCCAAGCACGCCAAACCGGAGCCCCAGCCCGAUCCUGAACCCGAGCCCGAGCCCGAGCCCGAGCCUGAGCCUGAGCCCGAGGAGAAGUUCUCAGAUCUUGCUGAUGAUCACACGCUUAUAUCAACUAGCGCCGACGAAUUCACGUGGUUUGGCGAGAUGGAAACCACGACGUCCACCAUUUUAGAGAGUCCGAUUUUUACGGAGUCCUGUGUUGGCGAUUCGUCUGACGUGGCGAUGUUUUUCCCUAUGAGAGAAGAAGAUGAGUCGUUGUUCGCCGAUCUUGGCGAGUUACCGGAGUGUUCGACGGUGUUUCGUCAUAGGAAUUUUGGACCGGAGGUCCAGAUCUGCUGACACGUGUCCGCUGGUAAAUUUUUCAACGGUGUGC